AUGUUUGGACCUUUAGAGUGGCACAACAGUUUCUCCUUGCUGACUCACCUGAUUGUUGCAAGUCCUUCCUCCUGGUGUACAGGAUCAUGCACCUCCAUCAUGCAGAACUGCUCUCGCCCUGAUUCCCUCGCCCUGCUGGAGGCUCUCAGGCCGGUUUUUAACCUCAGCUCCAUUCGACCCGUCGUGAACAUUUCAACCAUCACUUAUGUCCAGAUCGACUUCAUCCUGGUGGGCAUCCUGGGCGUGGAUGAAAAGGCGCAGAUCCUCACAACGUACAUCCUGCAAUACCUUACGUGGAGAAAUGAGUUUGUUAGCUGGGACCCAAGCGAGUGCGGUGCCGAGCAGAUCAUUGUCCCGAGAAAACUGCUGUGGAUACCCGAUGUGGUCAUCAAUGAGUUUAUGGAGAGGAACAAGGCUCCAAAGUCCUUGUACACGUAUCUGUAUCACGUCGGCACAGUGCUGGACGCUCGGCCUGUCAGAGUGGUCAGCUCCUGUAGGCUCGACAUCUACACCUUUCCAUUUGACAUCCAGAACUGCACCUUAACCUUCAACUCCUACCUGCAUCGGAUAUCUGCUAUACAGCUCGGCCAAACAAUUGCAACAGAGAAAAUAUUUGAAUAUUCCAAAGAAAUGAUGACAACCGUGGGUGAGUGGGAGCUGAUUGGAAUGUCAUCGUCAAAAAAGCAACUACCGACUUCGGAUGGCGACAUUUACGAAGAGCUUCGCUUCUUUAUCUCAGUGCGACGCAGGUCUACAAUGUACGUGGUCAACCUGUUGCUGCCCAGCUGCUUCCUCAUCACGGUGGACCUCUUCAGCUUCCUGCUGCCUCCUCAGAAAGUGGACCGCUCCUUGUUCAAGAUGACCCUCAUCCUGGGCUACACCGUCUUCCUGCUCAUCAUGAACGACCUGCUGCCCAUCACUGGAAACACCAUACCCCUCAUAAACGUGUUCCUGUCCCUCUGCUUGGCUCUGAUGGUAGCGAGUCUGCUGGAGACGGUCGUCAUCACCAACCUCCUGCACAGUUCUUCCCGCUACUCACCGGUUCCUCGGUGGCUGCGACUGACGGUCCUCCACAUCAUGGGCCGCCUGGUGCUGCUUCCUCCAAAACGACGCAACUCCUCCUCCUCUACAACAGAAAUGGACGCCAAAGACGGUGAAAGAGCAGGCGAGGGUGGGGCACCGAGAAAGGAGGGCAAGGCCCUGCAGGAGCUGAGGAGGCUGGGGAGGGACCUGCGCGUCAUCCGCCUGCAGGUGGAGCGGGAGCUGAACGGCAGCCCGAGCGCGGAGGAGUGGAUCCAGGUGGGCUUCAUCAUAGACCGCCUGCUGUUUGGCAUCUACAUCCUCUUCAUAUCUGUCUGCUUCCUCACCAUCAUCGUCAUGUGGGUCAACUCAAACAACACAACAUGA